AACCAGUAGCUUAUGUUGUUCGAUCCCAACCAGAACUGAAACUCCGUGUCUCCCGUGAAAUAUUAUCAAGGAUUACUGUAAAACAAAAGUUUCACCAUUAAUGAAUUGAAUUGAUUGUUGGGUGAAACUCUGCAGCGCGCGUGUAGCAAGUGAUAUUGUGCUAUAGAACUACCGGAAGUUCGGGCAAUAGUAUACGUACGUGAUGCCCAUCUUUAAACGAAUCAUGUGAUUGUGCCCUGCGAUACUGCACUGCGCUCCAUAGCCCCCCCCCCCCCCCCCCCAAUUUGACUUGUCUCCAUUUCUCACUGGACAUAUAGACCGUCUAUAACUUUGAAUCGUGUGGUCAAACGACGCUCGGAACUCGCUGGCGACAGACUUUCAAGUCAGCAUGGAUAACGCAUCAACAAUGGAAAGCCGCAAACGUCAUUUGUCUGAAGGAGAUGAAAGUUCUCGUCAGCAAGACACACGACGAGUUCGAUCUCUUUUAGAGGUAGCUGAUCACGGAUCGAACCCUCAUCGAACAGCUUAUCAGGCAGCUCCAGGUGACCAGCAGGGACCAGGGGCUUUAGCUGUGGCUUUGGUUCGUCCAUUCGUUUGUGAAGAGGCUAGUCGGCUUCAUCGUCCUCCAUCACCACCGGAAUCCGAUUGCGGCAGUCCCGACGAAGAAGACGAAUCGGAAGAUGAUGAGAUUGGUCAUGUGAGCGAUGCCACUUUGGCAGGUUACGAGUAUUGCAGUAAAGAGGCUAUCCGCUAUCUCAUGGAAGAGGAAAAACUGAAUGCCGACCAUCCAGUUAUCCAGCAAUUGCAGCAACACCUGGACAGCCGCCGAUCUCACGUCGCUAGUAAUCCCGGCCCAUCAUCGAACAACGUGAUUCCGUGAACACUAUCAUAGUCGACUCUCUUCCACAACGUGUAUGGAUUCCAGGAAAAAUCUGCAGAUCUUUUUCGGAAAUGUCAUACAUCGCUGACAACGACCAGUGCAAUUUUAACAAUGAAAACAGAAACCAGAAAAAAAAAAAAAAAUUGUUCAUGAUUUUCGAACGUUUAAUUUCGUUUCACUUAUAAUUACCUAAUUUCGAAAACUUUUGUGACCGACAGCCUUUUCUAGUCAUUUUUCAAAGCCUACUUUCUUCCAAACUGGCAAUACAAAUCAUUUGUGUUUUA